GCUGGAGCCGGGGCGGGGCCUGCGGCCGCCCGGGUAGAAAAGGCGGCGGCGGCGGCCCCGCGGUGACAGCCCGCCCGCUCGCCGCCCCGGAGCCCCGCCGCCGCCAUGAGCGCCGCCCUCUUCAGCCUGGACGGCCCGGCACGCGGCGCGCCCUGGCCCGCGGAGCCCGCGCCCUUCUACGAGCCGGGCCGGCCCUGCAAGCCCGCCGCGCGCGCCGGCGAGCCGCCCGCCGGCCCCGCCAUGUACGACGACGAGAGCGCCAUCGACUUCAGCGCCUACAUCGACUCCAUGGCGGCCGUGCCCACGCUGGAGCUGUGCCACGACGAGCUCUUCGCCGACCUCUUCAACAGCAACCACAAGGCGGGCGCGCCGGGCGCCCCGGAGCCGCCGCCCGGCCACCCCGCCGCGCGCCCCCCGGGCCCGGGCCCCGCGCCGCGGCCGCUCAAGCGCGAGCCCGACUGGGGCGACGGCGCCGCCGCCUCGCUGCUGCCCGCGCAGGUGGCCGCGUGCGCGCAGACCGUGGUGAGCCUGGCGGCCGCGCAGCCCACGCCGCCCGCGUCCCCCGAGCCGCCGCCGCGGGCCAGCCCCGCGCCCGGCCCCGCGCCCGGCCCGGCCCGCGACAAGGGCGCCGGCGGGAAGCGCGGCCCGGACCGCGGCAGCCCCGAGUACCGGCAGCGGCGCGAGCGCAACAACAUCGCGGUGCGCAAGAGCCGCGACAAGGCCAAGCGGCGCAACCAGGAGAUGCAGCAGAAGCUCGUGGAGCUGGCGGCCGAGAACGAGAAGCUGCACCGGCGCGUGGAGCAGCUCACGCGGGACCUGGCGGGGCUGCGGCAGUUCUUCAAGCAGCUGCCCGGCGGCGCGCCCUUCCUGCCGCCCGCGGCCGGCGACGGCCGGUGACGCGCGGCGGCGGGGGCGCGGGCGGCGCCGCGGACACUCAGCCCCCGGCCCGGCGCCCCGCGCCGCCCGCUCCCCGGGACCCGGGGCGGGAGCGCGGCCCGGCCCGGCCGCCGCGGGACUCCAGAGAAGCCGGACUUGUUGGUUCCCCCUUAAGUUAUUUUUGUAACGGCGGCCCUUUCCACGUCCCACUCCUGUCGGUGCAGCUAAGCGUUUGUAAGAAUAAAGAAGUAUUUUGAAA